AUGUUCUGGCCACGGGCUCAACGUGAGACGCGAGCGGGGUCCUCGCCUGCAGACCUGGAACAAGGGGCUGCCCAGACACCUUCACGCAGGGGUCCGCAGCCCAACAACCCUGUCUCCGAGGCCACUCCUCCUGCAGCCGUGGAAGGGCGCCUAGAGCCCAGCGACAGGCUGACCCGUCACCAGCUGUUCUACGUCUUGGUGCUGGACGGCUUUGGCGGCAUGCUGCUCUCAGGCGGCGUCAAUUUUGCGCUGGCUUACGCCAUGUACACCACCCAGGACACCGUCAACAACCCUGUUCGUCUCUUCCAGCUGCCCAACACCCUGGCCGGCGAUGCGGCUGUCACCAUCAUCGUCCAGUGCAUUCUCACUUGGUUUGUCGAGAAGGGCCUAGUCGCCUAUGACCUCUCCAAGCGCUCCGUCCAGCCCAUUGGCUUUAUCCCUGAGCCCUCCCGGCGCUGGCAAAGGUGGCUGUUUUUUCUACCCUCCGUCAGCGAAGCUGCAGCUGAAGUUGAGACAAAGGGCGAGGCCGCGGUCAUCGCGCCCGCCCAGCCCUCGGCCUUGACAUCGUUGCUUCAGCAGGCGCUCAGAGGGUUUCUCCUCGCCGUCGUCGGCUUUGUCCUGCUGUGGCCCGCGGGCGUUGGGAUCUUGACCGCAUUUGGCAAACGCUCCGGUGGCGACUACACGUAUGCCGAUCGGUGGACACCAGAGGUCUUCAAGUUUCUUCUCGGCGGCUUGCUUGGCUUGCUGACCACGCCCUUGAUGGCAGCAUUCUGGCUCAUCAAGGCCGGGUGGGAAGCGAAAUCGGACGACAUGUCAGAAUCAUGA